AUGGCUGCAUUUGCGAAAAUUCCGCUUAGGGAGGCAAAGCCUGUGAAGCUGGAAAGCUGUAUGUGUACCUGUGUGGCUGGCACUGUCCUGUGCAGCCACGUGGCAGCUCUUUUGUACCAGACUGCACAUUAUUCACAGCUGCAGCUCAAGGCCGUUCCACCAGUGCACAGCUGCACAGAGACCGAGCAGAGUUGGCACAAACCAAGAACCAUGGGUGUCAAACCUGGUCUGGUGAACAACAUGGUGAUCGUUUCAGCCCGACCAAGGGAAAGAAGACUCGUAGAGGGAAUCAGAAGCAACCUGUAUAGAGGAGUCACUUCUCCUCUGCCUGUACCUGCCACACUCAACGUUGGAGUGGUAUACCAGGACAUUCCUGCUGAUCUGGCUCCCAUAAUAACAACUAUGGCCAUAUCCAGUGAUGUACCCCUGGUUGACUCCUUGUUCGGGCCAGUUCAGGAAGGAAGUGUACUGUCCUAUCAGUUGCCUGCAAAAGUAGUGCCCAGAACCUGUCCACACACAGAUGCUCCUUCACCCCCACAGCUGCCACCCAGUGACUACAGGCUCGAACCAUCAAACUGUGAUUUUGUCUACACAGAACAGCAACACCACCACAUGUUAUCCCUCGAAACAUCGCUAGAUAUGGCACACAAAAUUAAAAACUGUACAAAAGAGCAGAGUACCUGCACUGAGUGGCACCAACUUAGGCACCCCCGCAUUACCUCAACCAAAUUUAGAGAGGUCUGUCACACCAAGGCACAGACCUCUGCUGAGAAUCUGGCCAAAAGGCUUCUUCGACCUUGCCAUCAGACAGCUGACAUGAGGAGGGGGCUUCAGAUGGAAAGUACAGCAAUAGAGGAGUACUGCAGAGUUAGGGAAGUCAAUCAUUACCAGUGUGGGUUCCUUAUCCAUCCCGAUGCCCCAUGGAUGGGCUCGUCCUCCGAUGGGAUGGUCUAUGACCCAAAGGGCCAGCCCGUGUUUGGACUUGUUGAAGUCAAGUGCCCAAAUGUGGCAAGCUACGUGGACUGUCCAUACAUUGUGAUCAGGGACGGGAAACCAAGUUUAAGGAAAACCAAUCCUUACUUCUGGCAGAUACAGGGCCAGAUGCUGAUUUCAGGAUGUGAGUGGUGUGAUUUUGUUGUGUACACACAGGAGGACAUGUUGUUAGAAAGAAUUCCUCGUAACAAUGAAAUCAUUAGCAUAAUCAAAGAAAGGGUUGAUUAUUUUUUCUUUUAUGUUUACCUCAGCACUUUCUUAUCUAGUGAAGAGUAAUAUUGGAGUAACUGUUAAUGAAUUUUGCUACAUUUUUUAAUUUAAUAAAUAUUUAAAACAUGAAGAGGAGUUUCAUAUUAAAUGACUAACUAGUAAAAAUAUAAGAAUUAA